AUGCUUUCCAUUGACCACAGGCCAUCACAUAGCUCAGACGGGCCGCCAAACCUGCCGCCAGAGCUGAGCGCCCAGCCUGGGGGUGUGCGCAUGCGCAGCGACUGGCAAACUGUGACUAGGCAGGGUGCGCGCAUGCGCAGUGACGUGCAGCUCGCGUCGAGGCUGGGUGCGCGCAUGCGCAGUGACGUGCAGCUCGCGUCGAGGCUGGGUGCGCACAUGCGCAGUAACUGGCAGCUCGCGGUUCCUCCGCAAGCUCUAAGGCGGAAGUUGAUUCCUGUCUCCUUGGAAACCAGUCCCCGGAAGUGCAGUGUGUGCAGCAGGCAGGCUACCAGGUCAGCAGGUGAGUGAGCUGUGAUGCUGAUAAUCAGUUAAUAUCAUAUAACAGUGAUAGCUAGUGACCAUAUCCCGCAUUAUUACCUGUCUGGGCUCUGAUAUAAUAUAAUAUAGGAUCUCCUGCCUCCCAGGGCCAGACUGAGCAUGCAGAGCUGGACAUAGACUACACGCAGUGCAUGCUGGGUAUUGCCAUGGAGGGGGGGGCUGGUUAGACCAGGUUAGACUACAUGCAGUGCAUGCUGGGUAUUGCCAUGGAGGGGGGGCUGGUUAGACCAGGUUAGACCACACGCAGUGCAUGCUGGGUAUUGCCAUGGAGUGGGGGGCUGGUUAGACUACACGCAGUGCAUGCCGGGUAUUGCCAUGGAGUGGGGGGCUGGUUAGACCACACGCAGUGCAUGCUGGGUAUUGCCAUGGAGUGGGGGGCUGGUUAGACUACACGCAGUGCAUGCUGGGUAUUGCUAUGGAGUGGGGGGCUGGUUAGACUACACCCAGUGCAUGCCGGGUAUUGUCAUGGAGGGCGCAGUACCCAGCAUGUGUCCUCUCCCCCUUCUAAUUAGGCUACCAGAGGGGGAGUGGGGGUCAACUCCACUAUACUGGAUUUCAUUCAUGUUUUGGUAUGAUGCAAGUGCAUGGAUUCAUGUGCAUCCUGCAGCACCAAUCAGAAAGCAAACAUAAAGGAAUACUCCAAGCACCAUAACUAGUACAGCGUGCAGUAGUGGUUAUCAAACAGUUUGACAAGCUACCCUGUGUCAGCCAGAUGCCAUUCACAUCCUCAGUGAGUUUACUGCUUUGAGGUAAGUUUAGCUAAUUGGCUCAUUAGAUCAGUCAGCUGACAUUCAUAGCCAAUGAGCUGGCUCUGCAUGGGAGGGUUUUGUUGAGGAGUGACUGCUGCCUAGUGGACCCCAGGGAGAAAGUGACUACUUGCAUGUGAGGGUGACAGGACACUCCUAGCAUCAAAGCCACUACAACUUGUCAUGUAAGAUCUAAUUUAGUCCAUACAUUACUAGGUAAAUCCAAUACUAUAAUUUGGAAGUUUAUGUAUUCCAAUGGAUGUCUGGCAACAAACAAUGAGAAAUUAAGUUAAGCCUCUUGGGAAGAGUUGCCCAGGCAUUUAAACAUAAGGAAAACCACACAAUGCAAACCUGACUUCAUCCACAAAUCCAUUGUAAGAGGUCCAUUUUAAGGAAUGUAAUAAAAACUACUCAUUAAAUCUCAGUGAGAGGAGACAAAAAAGGUGAAUACUCAUAGUAUUAUUCAAAUAUGGAUUUUCUCCUUUGCAGAAAUGGUUCGUUUACACGUCAAACGGGGAGAUGAAAGCCAGUUCCUAUUUGAUACGACGGUUGAUAUUCCAGUGGAAGAUCUGAUCAAACAAGUGGCUGCCAUUUACAAUAGACGACUUAAAGUUGAUAGGCUAUGUCUGGGUAAGUAAUCUCUGAAAUAACACUUCUACAGGUCUUCCAGUGGUCCUUGAAUCGUUAGAGGGACACUGCAGGCACUGUAACGCCUUAAUCUCAUUUAAGUGGUUAUAAUGUCCCCUGGCGCUAUCCUUCCAUUAAGCGUUAAACCUUUUUCAAUGUUUUAAUGCUAAACCAGAGGCCUAAGCUGCUUAUCCCAUCUGUGCUGCUUGAACCAAUGAGGUAUAUUGGCUCGAGCAGCUGUGAUUGGCUGAGUGUAUCAGCUGACAGCUUUCAGCUUAUUAUAAUGCUAUAAUUGCUGUUAUAAAUUGGUAUGGCUAAAACAGUAUGUAAUAUCUGCCCUAGUCAUACCUCCAGUAGGGGCUGGGCUGUGGGAAGCAAGGGAUCCUUAUUUAAUGUUACACUGCUGACAUUUUUUAUUUUUUUUAACAGUGAAUGGAAGGAAAGUGCUAGGAAUUCAGACACUAUAACGAAAGGGGUGAAAUGACUAUAGUGCCUACAGUGUCCCAUUAAUUAAUUUAUUCAGUAACUUAGAGUUUGAGGUCAUCAAAGGGCAUUGUCAUACAUAAUGGGUUAGCAGGCAGAGAAAUUAAAUGAGGUUUACCCACUAAGCAGCAAAUGGUGUACUGUUGUCCAAAUUCAGUUGUUUCAACCAAAACUUUGCAAUUUUGCUUUAGUGUAGGGAUUAGCAAUAGUGAUGUCCCGAACGGUUCGUGAACGGUUCGCCGCGGACUCAUCAUUGAGUAAACUUUGAUCCUGUACCUCACAGUCAGCAGACACAUUCCAGCCAAUCAACAGCAGACCCUCCCACCUCCUGGACAGCAUCCAUUUUGAAGCUGCAUUGUUAGUGAGCUGUCUGGGAGGGAGGGUCUACUGCUGAUUGGCUGGAAUGUGUCUGCUGACUGUGAGGUACAGGGUCAAAGUUUACUCAAUGAUGAGUCCGUGGCGAACCGUUCGGGACAUCACUAAUUAGCAACCAUCAAUAAUGACACAGACCAGGGGAUUUGCACAUGUAUGUAACUCUAUGUCUCCUUAACGCAGUAAUCAAAAACCUUUACCCUUUUAAUGGUACCCUAAUCAAAAUCCCAACACUAGCCUUAAUUCUACAGUGAAAAUUUAUAGACCAUAGUGUCAAAGUACCGUACCACAACAAAACACAGAAUUGUGUGUGGAAUGUUUUUGGUUUGAUUUUUUUUCUUUAAUUUGUGGCACCAUUUCUAUGAAAUCUUCCUGUGGUAUAUUUUGAGAGAAGAUACAGAUUUUUUUUCCCCAUAACUUAAUUUGGUAUUUUUUUCCUGAUGUGGAUAUCACUAUGGUUAUUAUAUACAUCAAGGAGAAGGGUGACAGGAAAUUACAACACGCGUUACAUGUGUAUUAAAGCCAUACAUGUCCCUUUAAGGGAGACCUUUCACCUAACCCCCAUUAUAUAAGUUAAACAAUUUAAUCCAUGCAUCCGCUUGUAAAAACGCAGGAAAUAUUCUUUACCUGAAGUUUGAUUCCAGGUCUUUGUACUCCCAUGGUGGUGCGCUCUUGCCUGGCAUACCACAAUGGGUGGUGUCUGUGUGCUUGGCAUUAUUAGUUAUUCUAAAGGUCUAAUAUAUUCUUCAGCAACGUGCAUUGGCAUUUUGAAUUCCCAUGACAGUCAUCAUAUUACAAUUUAUAAAUUGAUAAACUGAUAACAAAGAGAAAUGAGCUGUAAUCCUAAAAUAAACUGCAUUGUAUCUAUAUAUUUUCCAGCAAUAUGGUCAGUACAUUAUGCAAACAAAGUGUUACUAUGUCAUGAUAGGUACACUUUAAAUUGUAUAUUUAAAUGAUAAUAUUUAAACUGUUGUUGGUAUGGUCUCUUUGUAUAUAACAGUAAUAAAAGCAGCAUUCUGAGUUUUAAUGACACACCUUUUGUUAUUUGUCUUCCUUGUUUGCAGAGAUCGGAGAACUGGCUGAGCAUGGCAUCAUCAUUCCCCCAAACAUGCAGGGUCUCACUGACGAGCAGAUAACAGAGCUCAAACUCAAAGACGAGUGGGAGGACAAGUGUGUACCAAGUGGUGGUAGUGUCUUCAAAAAGGAUGAAAUUGGAAGGCGAAAUGGACAUGGUAAUUUUGAGGAAAGCUCUAGAGCUGCAUUUUAUUGUGUUUUAUCAGAUUAAAACAUUUUGGUUAAUAAUUCUGCAAUUCAUACUCUUUCAACUUCUCAUGAUAUAAUUACAGAAGAACAAAUAUUUGAGUAUAGGUCAGUGCCUGCUAUAAAGAGUGAGUAUAAUACUGAUAUUAGUGAUCCCAACAGUUGGACAAGCUGAUUGUUGUGUGAUCAGUACUCUAGAGCAGUGUUUCCCAAAUGGGGUUCCGCCAGAAUUUCUAACAUCAAAAUGGCCACGGGCGGCGAGGGAGCAGUGGGCAGUGAUCUCCCACGCCUGCACAGCAGUGAUGUCACUUCAGCAUCACGAAGAGGCGCGCAAGGGAGCUGAGCAGGGAGAUCACUGCUUGCUUGCACGCCAGCCGCUCAGCAGCCGCACUGGACUCCAGGGACCGCAUGCCAGCUGCUCAGGAGCACCAAUGGACCCCAGGGACAUAGAGACUCCAUGCCAGCACUCCCAAAGGUAGUGGGGCUGGGUGGAGUAAAGUAAAAAAAAUAAUAAUAAAUUGUAUGUGUGUCUGUUAGGGAGUUUGUGUGUCUGUCAAAGAGUAUAUGUAUGCUUGUCAAUGAGAGUGUAUUUGUGUGUGUCUAUCUGUGUGUCAAGGUUUGUGUAUGUGUCACUGUGUGGAUAUGUGCCAGUCUGUGUAUUUGUGGGUGCAAGUGUGUGUAUAUGUCACUAUGUGUAUCUGAGUGUGUGUGUAUUUGUGAGUCAAGAUGUGUCACUGUGUGCAACUGAGUGUGGAUAUUUGUGUGGCAAGGUGUGUGUAUCUAUGUGCCAGUGUGUGUAUCUGUGUGUCAGAUACAUAUAUAUAUACACAUACACACACACACACACAGAUGCACUGUGUCAGUGUGUGUAUCUAUGUGCCUGUGUGUGUAUCUGUGUGUCAGAUUCAUACACACUGGCACAUACAAACACAGAUAUACACACACUUUGACACACAGAUACAUACAAAUACACACACACACACACACCGGCACAUACAAAAACCAGUGCAAUUUAUGUGUUUUUUCCUGGGAAGUGGGGGGGGGAGAAGCCUUGGGGGCUCCACGAUGUUGAUACACUAUGUCAAAGGGUUCCACUGGAAAAAUUAAUUGGGAACCCCUGCUCUAGAGCGAAGAUCAUAACCAGUAUUAAUAACCCAAAUAUCUUUUUAAAAAUACUUUUGGCUGUUACCUCUUUGCAUAGUACCAUUGUGUUAAUCUAUUCUACGGGACACUAAUAAUGUAUUUAUCGGAUAUUUGUUUCCAGCACCAAACGAUAACAUGAAGAAGGUAUUACAGAAUACUGUAGAAGAAGCCAAAUCCAUGGUGUCUAAGGUAUGACUGUCUGUGUGUUACAGUGUGUAUAUAUAGUUUAACAUUUUACCUUUACAUUUUUUGCUUCAAUAGUAAAACAGUAAUUAUGAAUGAAUGUUUUGUUGUAUUAUUAAAGAUAAAUAAAGAGACAAAGCGAUUCCCUGCUACAAAUUGUUAUAAGAUGGAAUAUCUUUAUGAUUUCACAUCCCUUGAGAAGCAUUAGUUACUAAAUAUGCAUAGUUAUAAAAAUGCCAAAAUUAAUCAAUUUACUAUAUAUAAAAAACUCAUGUUUCAAAAUAAAAAAAUGACUUCAGUCUUAAGCAAACCUGCAAGUUCUUAACAGGUGCCAACGAACACCCUCUCCUUGAGAGUGAGGUCUUGCAAUAUUGUUAUCAGACUUUGCGUUGAUCAUAGUAUUUCUGGGAUUGGCCUUUACAAACCUACAUGUUUCAGGGUAUCAAUAUAUCUGCUAUAUAUUUUACAAAAUUCUUAAAACAGGUAGGUGUUGAUGGGUUUUCAAGGAGUCUAAUGAUUUGCCACUGAAAUAAAGAAAUACUAUGUAUGUGGCAAAGUUGGUGUGUAGACCUUUUGUUUCUUCAAAUGUUACUAAUUACAAAGGUGCUUUGCUGAUCAGGCUUUGCAGUGCAUUUUAUCACUCGAUGUUCACACAUGUCUCUUGUUGACAUGGCUGAGCCUGCUGCUUUCCUAAUAUUGACAUAUUACACCAUUAAGUGGCAAUGUAUCCCUUCAGUUUCUGCUUUAGACUAAGCAACAUAUAUAACCACCUACCUGGUCAUAUCACAUAUACAGUCUGUGUGCAUUAUUUACCCUCCUACAGAAACAAGCUGAGGCCAAUGUGUGUUUGACAAUGGAGAUGGUAAAGGAUGCUCUGGACCAGCUCCGAGGUGCUGUAAUGAUUGUUUAUCCCAUGGGAUUGCCUCCACAUGACCCUAUUCGAAUGGAGUUUGAGAAUAAUGAAGAUCUUUCUGGGACUCAGGUAAUAUAUACAUUUUGUGACAUAUGAUAUUGAAGAUCCAAGCUGAUACUGGAUCUGGAUAGAUCCAGUGGCAGAAUUCAGUAUAACAUUCAAAGUACAGCAUUUGAAUUUUUUUUUUAUUAUUUUACAAGUUACCAUUUCAUGGACGCAAUGUAUUCCAUUUUAUCCUUAUUUGAUUAUUAUUUUGUUAUUUAUGCAUACUUCUGUGUAUAUCGAGUUGUAUUCUCAGUGUGAGUAUUCAUGGUUUCUAAUCCAGGCUGGGCAGCUGGUUAUUGAGGAAUCCGAUGCUCAGUUAUGGUGGGCUGGAAAAGAGCUGCAGAGAAAUAAGAAGCUUUCAGACUUUGUGGGCAAAAAUGAAAAAACGAAAAUCAUUGUUAAGAUUCAGAAGGUAAGUUCUGAGUCCAUGAUUCCAAUAACGUAUUGCGCACAGCUGGAAAUUUCCCCUCGUUUAACUGGUCAAAACACAACCCAAAACAUUAGCAGACAAGGUAUGUUGAUAUCAAUGUUAACCCUUAUAAUAAACCAUGUUUCAGUUUACUGUUAGGGGUAAAUUGGUUUUCCAUCCCUUUAGAUAAGGCCUACAGCAAAACUAAGAUUGAUAGAUUAUAGCCUUCCUUCUUAUUGGAAUACAUUCUCUGACAGCCAGGAUGAAAUUCUGGUUUCACUAUGAAACGCUGCACAGACAGAGAACCGCUCUCCCACAGCGUCCUUAGCCAGCUUGGAACAGCAGGCUAGUAUCAAAUCUGUCCAAAACUGGUGUCUGAAGCCAGCAAGCACAGAGAACCUGGCCUUGCUGAUGGAAGGGCCAUUUUAGCAAUUUGUUUGGUUUUUCUUUAGAAAUGGGGGUGGAGAACCAGGCUAUGAAGGGUUUCUCUAGCCAUAACCAGUGUUUUUCCCCACGUAUAGCAGCAGUACUGGUGCUUGCUUGGAACAACCCUUUGAAAGUAGAACAGAAGCUUACUUGGCCUCUGUGCAGUAUCUGUAGAGGCUAUCCGCUAUGUAGUGUUUCUAUUCAAUGCUUCUUCUAGUAACCAGUUUUCAUGUGGUUGAAUCCAGGUAAUGUUUAGGUUUGACUGGUCGUUUUUACAUGUCAGAUGCGUUACUUGUCUUACAAAUAAAAACACCUACACAUAGUAAACGCUGAUGUUCUAAAUCCCCAUAACUGGAAAAUGGCACAUGUAAUUUUAUUUCUUCUUUCUUUUAAAACCCUACAAGAGAGGUCACGGAGCACCAGCACGUGAACCAGUUGUUUCUGACGAAGAAAAAAGGAAUAUGAUGAUGUAUUACCACAGAAGGCAAGAAGAAUUAAAGGUAAGAUGUCGUUUGUAGGUGUGCUAUUUUACAGUGGAAAAUAUAGAGGACUUUACUCUAGUAAAACUUUUUGUUAGAUUUACUUACAAAGAUGUAAACCGUGAUUAUCAAUGGGACGUAAUGUUUAGCUAAUUACCUGGACUAGUUAGUCCCUGAUGAGGUACUAAGAUGGCGAUGGCUUUGCUUUGUAAAGGAUGUAUUUGUGACAGUGCAUUUCAUGCCAUGGGAAGAAUUAUCUGAAGCUAUAAUUGAGCUAUGUAAUAUUCGUCUGGCUGUUAUCUGAUAACUAGUGGUUAGGGGGAGGGUUUAUUGAUAAUUUUAUAUUAUCAUAGAAUUAUCUGUAAUGUGAACAAAUAAAAACGAGAAAUUCACACCUGUACCCGUUUAGGAUCACUAUUAGAAAGUCAGUUUUGUCAUUUAUGUUUUUAAUAAUGAAAGGGUCUUUUUAAGUUUGAAAGAUAAACAAAUGCUAAACAUAUUGAGUAGGGUAGCAAAUAGAUAAAAAUAAAAAUGAAGGGGAAACAUGCUGUUUAGUAGAUAUACCCCCAAUAAUACAUGCAUGUAGUCAUUGGGAGUAGAUCUGAAAAGAUCUUGCUAAAUUGGAGCUGGAGUAGAAUUAUUUUUGUCCUUUGUACAAAUGAUCUGCUCCUCUCCUAAAUAUCUCUCUGUUGUACUGACUUUUUAAAACUUCUAUUUCUCUGUCUAAUUGAACCCACUGGCUGUCUAUAUGUGUAAUUAACAAACUUACUCUAUUUAUUUAACAUUUCUUCAGUAAUGCUAAAACCAUUUUCAGUGUGCUUCCUGCAUUCAGUGAAUGUCCACUUUAUUACUCGCUAAACCAGAAAAACUUAGAAAUUCACGAGUUUAAAAUUUAAAACCAAAAUAGGAAAUUGAAAAAUUCUCAAGGUCAGCUGUUUUGUCCUUCACAUUAUAAUUCCCUGAUCAGAUGUGUGUUCAGGGAAGAACUCAAAUUUAGAUGUAUAUUGAUUUGCUGAGUUGCAUUUAUAGUCUAUGGCUAUUAGCGGUAAAUAUAAUUACCAAUAUGGAUACUGCACUCUCCUGGAUCCCAGGGUGCAACUGGGCCUGAGGUUGGCCGAUCCUCGUAAUGUGAGUUGCAAAAAGAUGAUGGUCCAGGCACUCAAGUUCAAUCCAGUGGGCAGAUUUAUUGGAGCAAAGUAGAAACAACGUUUCGGCCCAAAACAGGGCAUUUGUCGAGCACUUGACAAAGGCCCUGUUUGUAAUACCUAGGAAUAAAAGUUUGCUGGAACUCAAUUGCAGAUUUAGAAAUAAAGAAAUUCUGUCAAUUGAAGAAUAUUUCAAGUAAGUGUUUUAUUGCUUAGGUCUUGAUAUAACAGAAUAACAUUUAGUAGCAGUUCAAUCUUUAGUAUGCAGAUCCUUAUUUGAAUGCUUAAACAAUGUCCAAUAUAAUUAUUUGCAGAGUAUAAACAAGAAGUAUAUAUGCAGGAUAUAGUCAGGUUGCAAUUUAAAUACAGGAAUAUAUUGAAUCACAUUGAACUGACAUUUGUAUUGACUGGAUUCACCCUUUGACAGGAUUAAACUGAAUGACUUGAACAAUACAGCAAUUCCCAGUAUAACAGAAGAACGUAGGUUGUUUGUAGAAAUUGGUGAUUAGAGAGAGUCCUUUCCUUGUUUGAGAAGUCUGUAGUUCAGCAAUCUCCGUUUGGAGUAAAGAGAUGAGAAUAGUCCAAGUCCCUUCCGUGUCCAGGGAGUAAAGAGUUCAGCAAUGUCACUUGGGAUUACCUGCAGUUUCUUUUUAACACAGGUGUGGGUGACAUCAGAAGCAUAGGCUGGGCCUGAUCGGUGAACCAGGAAGUUCUGCACAGUGUAUCUCCCGAUCAGUAAUCAUGACACUGUUGCUGGCUGACACGUUGUUUCUACUUUGCUCUAAUAAAUCUGCCCACUGGAUUGAAUUUGAGUGCCUGGACCAUCAUUACUUUAUUGCUAUUAGCUGGGGCUCCCUAAACUCUAUACUUGAAUAAGUGUAACUAAAUCACUAGCUUCAUGGUGAACAUUAGCUAUUUCUGUAGCUCCAGAUCUCAUUUCUUACCAAGACAGCUGUUAUUAAUGUUCCAAUGUAGCACCUUGAUAUCCAGGAUAGUUGAUUGCUGUUCAUGUUUUUACUUGUCCCUUGUUCUCUCCAGGUCAGUAUUUCUCUCCUCUAGUCCUUGGUGACCACAUACUGGCCAUAUCCAAGGAGUUAGUCAUGGGUUUAACCAUGUUCUUCAUUUUAAUUCUGGGCUGUUUAAGAACACUGACGUUGAGAACCCGUAUUGUAGAAUGAAUUCAGCUUUGCUAUUUAAAAUAUUGCAGAAUAUCUUGGAUUAGCACUGUACUCUGCAUGUUUGUUGGGACUUUUUUUAAAAUACAUUUCUUUGUUUACAGAAACUUGAAGAAGAUGAUGACAUCUCCUACCUGAAUUCUGACUGGGCAGACAAUAAUUCUUUAAAGAGGCAGUUUCAGGGUGUAAACAAUAUUAAGUGGAGGCCAAAAUAAUUGACCCAUUCAUCAUAUCAAAUCCAUCUUCUUGGCGUAUUUAUUAAUUCUGUCUUGCAUUGUAUUCUCAUCAUCCUACUCCUCACACUGUAGCAAUAAAACAAUCUAGUUUCUUAUGUUUGAUUUUAGCGUGAACUGUUUUCUCUUAUUUUAUUUUUAUUUUAUAUAUGCCUGCUGUUGCCAAAACAAAAUCCAGAAUGCUAUUUAGAUUUCUCAUUUAAUUAGUUACUGGGUUUUUUUUUUUCUCUUUGCUAAGAAGGUUAUUUAGUAAAGUGUAAAAUGUUGGUAAUUGAAAGUGAAUUUGAACUUUCAGGCCACAAUAUCUCCAUGUCAGCUGUGGUUUUUAAUUUUUGGCUAUUUGUACCUAAAAAUGACUUCACCAAAUGAUCCUUUGCACAUCAGCUCUACUUUGUACCCCUCUUUGUUGCAUGCAUUUGCACAUAUUCCACAGUGGUAUAAAGUGAUGUAUAACACACUGCCAAAUAUGUCAAGCAGGAUGAUCCAAAUACUGCCACACUUGAGCAGCAUCCAACAUGGGUUUCUACAAUUUGUAACUAUUCCAACUUGGGUGUUUUUUUUAUUUAUUUAUUUAUUUAUU